AUGGUUUUAGCCGACUUAGGGCGGAAGAUCACCUCCGCCCUGCGAUCCUUGAGCAAUGCUACAGUUAUUAACGAAGAGGUGUUGAACUCUAUGCUUAAGGAAAUAUGUGCGGCGUUACUCGAAGCAGAUGUAAAUAUUCGGCUGGUGAAGAACUUACGAGAGAGCGUCCGGUCGGUCAUCGAUUUCGAGGACAUGGCGGGAGGACUCAACAAACGGAGGAUGAUUCAAAGUGCCGUCUUCAAGGAACUAGUAAAAUUGGUCGAUCCUGGAGUCAAAGCGUACCAACCGGUGAAGGGUCGGCCAAAUGUAAUUAUGUUUGUAGGUUUACAAGGCUCCGGGAAAACAACGACGUGUACCAAGCUUGCCUAUUACUAUCUCAAGAAGAACUGGAAGUCUUGUUUGGUGUGCGCCGACACGUUCCGUGCCGGUGCUUACGAUCAAAUCAAACAGAAUGCAACGAAAGCUAGAAUACCGUUUUAUGGAAGUUAUACAGAAGUGGAUCCCGUGGUGAUAGCUCAAGACGGAGUGGAGAUGUUCAAGAACGAGGGGUACGAAAUUAUUAUCGUGGACACGAGUGGCAGGCAUAAACAAGAAGAAUCGCUGUUUGAAGAAAUGUUGCAAGUCUCCGUCGCAGUGAAACCAGACAAUAUCAUUUUCGUAAUGGAUGCCACAAUAGGUCAGGCUUGCGAAAGUCAAGCGAGAGCAUUCAAGGAGCGUGUCAACAUUGGGUCGGUCAUCAUCACUAAACUGGAUGGACAUGCGAAAGGUGGCGGAGCACUUUCUGCUGUCGCUGCUACACAGAGUCCUAUCAUCUUCAUGGGUACCGGAGAACACAUAGACGACCUCGAGCCUUUCAAAACGAAGCCAUUUAUUAGCAAACUUUUGGGAAUGGGAGACAUCGAGGGCUUAAUCGACAAAGUCAAUGAACUCCACUUGGACGAGAACGAGGAACUACUGGAGAAAAUUAAACACGGUCAUUUCACGUUACGUGACAUGUACGAGCAAUUCCAGAAUAUCAUGAAAAUGGGACCUUUUUCACAGAUCAUGGGGAUGAUUCCCGGAUUCAGUCAAGACUUCAUGACAAAGGGGACGGAGCAGGAAUCGAUGUCCAGAUUAAGACGUCUAAUGGCAAUCAUGGAUAGUAUGAACGAUGGAGAACUGGACAGCAGGGAUGGAGCGAAAUUGUUCAGCAAACAGCCAGGAAGGAUCGUCAGAGUGGCUCGAGGCUCCGGAGUGACGGAGAAGGAAGUGAAGGACCUGAUAGCUCAAUACACGAAAUUCGCCGCUGUGGUUAAGAAGAUGGGAGGCAUUAAGGGACUCUUCAAAGGUGGUGACAUGGCGAAGAAUGUUAAUCACAUGCAAAUGGCUAAACUUAACCUAGAAAUGGCCAAGAUCAUGGACCCUAGAGUUCUGCACCAAAUGGGGGGCAUGUCGGGUCUGCAGAACAUGAUGAAACAAAUACAACAAGGCGCAGCGGGAGGCCUGGGCAAUCUGGUGGGAGGCUUCGGAGGGAAAUCAUAAACCGGUAAACGUAUUCAUCACUGCUCACAGAAUAAAGGAAUGUUUCAGUACGAAGUAUGUCAUUAACGAGACUUGUCAUCUCUGGACAUUUCAUUUAACCGAUUAGCGCCUGUCAGUGCACGAGAUUUCGUGGGACGUGAAAUAGAAUACACUACACGACACACACACACACACAUAUUCAUAUACAUACAUUUGUUGUUAUAUUUAUUCGUGUAUAGAAUAUAUUGUGAGAUAAUUUGUUACAUUUAAUCUGUAAAGGGGGUCCCGGCGCUAAUAGGUUAACUGCGUUUAGAGGUUAGGUUAACUGCGUCAGUGGUCGAUUAAUGUCAGUCUCGAACGAGGCUCUUGAGACCAACUGCGAUUCGUAACUCUUUUCAUCCAUUUUAUAAAGGGUCUGGUUGUACUUCAUGACGGUCCCUCGUAACCGUUGAGGACCAAAAUAAUAAAAUGAUCGGCUGCCAAUUAUUAA